AGGAGAUCUGAAGACGUUUCUUUCUGUAACCGACAUGGAGACAUUAGAACUAAAUAAAACAGAAAUAAUGGAUGUUAUCCAAGAGAAAAAAAACCUAGGGAAUGAAUUAACUAUGAUGGAAAAACGAAUGAUAUUCACAAAUAAAACGGAACCAAAUGUGACAUGGUCAAGUGACACUGUCAAACAACUGGACAGCAUCAUAAACUGUGUACCAGAGUCCUUGCUGAAUGACCUCACAGAAAGAAACCUUCUGACUAAAGACACGUUAUUGGAGCUCACACAAAACGAACCCGACAGGAAAUACAUGGGGAGAAAAUUAUUAUACAAACUACGUGGACAAAAAUGGACUUCGGCAAAUUUGCGCCAAGUUCCACUAGAAGUUAUAAAAAUUAUACCAUCAAAUGAACUUAAUGACAUGGAUUCCAAUGUUCUUUUGGAAAAUCUGGACCGAAUAAGUAUGGUGGAAGAUUUGGAUCCAAGUCAGGCCUUUGUUGUGCUGAAAAAGUUGAAUGGAGAUAAACAAGUGGAUCAGUUAACCACAAUGCUCAAGGGAAGUGGGAAGAAUAUCACAGCUUUCAUGGCUAACAUGUUGCCCGCCAAUAAACUCGCCAGCCUGGACUUCAAUCAACUAGAUAAUCUUCAAUCAGUCGUCAGUGGGUCCUCGAUACUUUUG